AUCUUCACUCAUUUUCUUCACUUUGCUCCCGCUUACACGAACUACUUGUAUACGAACUACUUGUAGAUAUCUAGUCUAACCGCCUCUCCUCGAUCGUCUUCGCCUUCUCCAGUGCGCUUUGGAGCGGUUAGCGAACGACCAACAUUCACCCCGCAAGCGCCAUGUCCCGUCCUGCUCGCUACGACUUCAAGACCCGGCCCGUGGCCCAUCCCGACGCCAUUGUCGCCGGCGACAAGUGGCGCUUCACCAUCCUCACAGACGGCCUGCUGCGCUUCGAGUGGGCGGACGACGGCCAGUUCGAAGACAGGGCUUCCACCUUCGCCGUCAACCGCCAGUUGGCCGUGCCCGAGUUCUAUGUCUGGGACCGCGGCCAUUCCGUCGAGAUUGUCACCCACCGCCUCCAUGCCAUCUACGACAAGAAGAGGUUCAGCUCCGAGGGCUUCGCCGUCAGUCUCAAAGGGCCCGAUGCGAAGAGGUGGACCUACGGCCAGCAGCUGUCCAACCUGGGUGGGACUCGCCGCACACUCGACACGGUCGAUGGCCGGGCCGACAUCGGGCCUGGAGUCCUCUCUCGCGAUGGAUUCGCCAUGCUGGACGAUAGCAAGAGCAUGCUCUUCGACAAAGAGGGCUGGAUUGCUACUCGGAGAGAGGGGGACCGUAUCGAUGGCUACCUGUUUGUGUACGGCCGUGACUACCGCGCGGCCGUACGGGCCUUUUAUGCCGUGUCUGGGAGCCAAUCUCUCCUACCUCGAUUUGCCUUGGGGAACUGGUGGAGCCGCUACCACCGCUAUACACAGCAGGAAUACAUGACCCUGAUGGAUCGCUUCGAUGCCGAGCAAGUCCCGCUGAGCGUCGCCACCAUCGACAUGGACUGGCACUUGGUCAGUAUCGACCCCAAGUACGGCACUGGCUGGACUGGCUACACCUGGAACCUCGAUCUGUUCCCCGAUCCAAUCAAGUUCAUGAAGGACCUGCAUGAUCGGAAACACAAGGUGACACUCAACGUGCACCCUGCAGAUGGCAUCAGGGCACACGAGAAGCAGUACCCCGAAGUCGCAAGGUACAUGGGCAUAGACCCAAAGACGGAGCAACCUGUCAACUUUGAUUGCACAGACAGGAAGUUCAUGGACGCCUACUUCGACAUUGUUCACCACCAGCAUGAGGCGGAUGGCGUCGACUUUUGGUGGAUCGAUUGGCAGCAGGGCGACAGGUCCAGACUUCCUGGUGUUGACCCGCUUUGGGUGCUCAACCAUUUCCAUUUCCUUGACAAGGGUCGAGAUCAGAGAAGACCCCUUAUCCUCUCACGCUUUGCUGGCCCCGGAUCCCAACGCUACCAGAUCGGAUUCUCAGGAGACACACACAUGACCUGGAAAUCGUUACACUUUCAGCCAGAGUUCACUGCUACAGCUUCAAACAUUGGCUACGGAUGGUGGAGCCACGACAUUGGCGGCCACUACGCUGGAUACAAGGAUGACGAACUGACGACGCGAUGGGUGCAGUUUGGUUGCUUCUCCCCGAUCCUUCGAUUGCACUCUUCCAGCAACAUCUUCAACACCAAGGAGCCGUGGGCCUUCAACAAGGAGGCAUGCGAAAUCAUGGAAGACACCCUCCGCUUCCGGCAACGUUUGAUACCCUACUUGUACACUAUGAAUGCGCGGUCCGCCUCGGAUGAUGAACCGCUGAUCCAACCCAUGUAUUGGGACCAUCCCGACCGAGACGAGGCGUAUGCUGUGCCAAACCAGUACCGAUUUGGUAGCGAACUCAUCGUCGCCCCUAUUACGCAACCGCGUGAUCCGGCCACUCACUUGGGUGCGGUGAAUGCCUGGCUGCCCCCUGGACGCUACGCCGACAUCUUCACCGGCGUCGUCUACGAUGGGGACCGUAACCUGACCUUCCACCGAACUCUGGACCGCUACCCUGUGCUUGCUGGAGAAGGCGCCAUCAUCCCCCUCGAUGGUGCAUGGCGUCCGCCAAACGAUGUACCGAAUCCCAGCUCAAUAGAGCUCCUGCUAGUUGUGGGUGCCGACGGUGCUUUCAACUUGAUUGAAGACAACGGCAGCGGCACACACGUCGAUGACGGAGAUUUCCGCAUGAUCGAGGAUGGAGGCAUCGAAUCUGGCGGCGACAAUGUUCGCUUCAGCUACACCCCGAUCACAUACACGCAGUCGACCGGCGUUCUUAAGAUAGGUCCCACCUCCCCUUCUGAUCCAUCUAUACCGAGGCAUAGGACCUGGAGCGUCAGACUCAUCUCGCACACGGCCUCCAACCCCUCGCAUAUCCGCUGCAUUACCACCCCAUCGAAGAAAGCAAAGCCCCUCCCCUAUACCACUCAAGCAGUCACCAACGGCACCCUCGUAUCUCUAGGCUCUGUACCAAGCGACCAGACCAUCAUCCUCGAGCUCAAUGGAAACCCUCAACUCGAUGUGCUCGAUCCCACCAAGAUGAUCUGGACCAUUCUGCAUCAGGCGAACAUGUUGUAUGAUCCCAAACUUGCCAUCUGGGAUAUGGUGACGGCACCGCAGGCGGUGGGUACGCGGGUCAGCAGGCUGCAGAAUAUGGGCAUCCAGAAGGAGUUGGUGGAUGCGAUGGUGGAGCUAUUGUUGGCGGAUUCGCGGUAUGAGUGAGGGAUUCUGGUACCGGCGACAUACGAGGAGUGCCGCCGCUCUUGUUUCAAUGAAACCUCUUUCGUGAUGGACUUGGAAGACAAGGGAUGGGCUGGUGAUCUGUCGAUAUGACUUGAGACGACCUCGGGACUCUACGGGCACACAUAUGAUUGUGGUUUCUGUUUCUUUUCUUUUCUUUUUUUUUUUUUUUUCCUUUUUGGAGCAGUUUAUGCUAUGGCAUCUUAUGAGCAUCCCAAUCAAGACAUCUACGAUAUUUCACCGGAGAUU